AUGAAGCACCUCAUUCUCACCGGGGCAUGCUACGUCGACACAAUCUUAAGCAUUCCCCGAUUUCCUGGCGAGGACGACAAGCUGCGCGCAACAGCCUGCCAGAUCCGUCGUGGCGGCAACUGUCCCAACUCGAUCGAGGUGCUGCUGCAGCUGCUGCAGCCGCCAAAGAGCGCGAACGGACCAGGCGCAGACGAGGACGCCGAUGUGGCCACCUACCUGAUCGCGAGCCUCCCUGCGCGCGAUGCGCCGGCGACGGCCAUGAUCGCAGGCUCGUUUCGCCCCGCAGCUGGCGUCGACCGGGAGGCGGAGGCCCGCCGGCCCAACCUUGAUCUGUGCCUGUACCGCGACGGCCACAUGGCACCCGCGAGCUGCUACGUCCUGCGGUCGGCCGCCACAGGCUCGCGCACGAUUGUCAACCACAGCGACCUGCCGGACAUGACGGCGGACGAGUUCCUGGCGGUGGCCGUCCUUUUUUUUGACCGCCAGACGUCCCCCGCAACCGCCUCCACCGCCUCAAGCCACACGUCGUCGACCGUCUGCAGCUGGUGGCAUUUCGAGGGCCGCAUCCCCGAGACGACCUUGGCGUGCAUCGGGCAUCUCCUCUCGAGGCGCGACGCAAGCAACGACAUAGUCAUUAGUGUGGAGGUGGAGAAGCCCGGCCGCGAAGGACUGCGAGACCUGGCCGCCAUGGCCGAUGUUGUCUUUUACUCCAAAUCCUGGGCCGAGGAUACGACAGUGCUGAAGCCUGCCUUCGUGGUGAAGCCGCGUCGCUACCUCAAGCCUCACUGCUUCUCUGCACAUGGGGUGCGCAGGGCGCUUCGGCGCUCGCUCCGGGGUCAGGGGACCAUGUCGUGUCUUGUCCGGCAUCGCCGGUCCGNGGCCAAGGUUGCGAGUAUGUAUUACGGGGCCGGCUACUAUGUCAACCCCCCCAACUCGGAUUGGUUUUACUUUCGUAUGCUAACGAAGGGCAGUGCGGUCGGCGCUGGCGAUACAUUUGUGGCCGGCAUUCUGUACAAACUGGUUUCACUAAGCGUACAGGAGGGAAGCCCGCACCUGGCCGUCAGCGAUGACACAGCCAGGGCAGCACUCGCGUUUGCUGUUGACCUGGCCACACGCAAAAUCCAGAUAGACGGAUUCCAGGGACUGGUUUAG